GCUGUAGAAAACAGUCAUGGAUGGAUUUAGAAGACGACACGACCAUUUUAACAACCCUGAAGUCCUUCAAUUCCUUCAUCAGCCGCCCCGAACAUCCACAGCGGCUGUCAGAACACUCAGCAGGGAGUGGAAUCCUGCAGAGUCAGUACAAGCGCAGCAUGGAGCUUUUAGAAGCAGCAGAGAGGGUUCACUCCAAGAAUCGCUACCUGCAGUUGGACCAGGAAAAGAAACAGAUGGAGCUGAGUCACAAACGGGCUCGUUUUGAGCUGGAGAAGGCAGCCUCAGACAGCGCACGAGACUUGGAGCAUGAGGUGGAUCGGAACCAGGAGCUUUUGGGACAAAUAAAGAAGCUGGAGGAGAGAGCGGAAGAGGUGAAUAAGAAGCUAACACAGCAGAAGGAAGCAAAUGAUGCUCUCCAGAAGAACCUGGAGGGUCUAAACAAGACACUGGAGGAAAGAGAUGAUAAGCUUGGCACAGCUAACCAGACCAUCAGCUCUUUGAAGGAUGAGAUCAGAGAGCUCAGGCAGAAGAUUCAAAACCAAGACUCAAAAAUGUCUGCUCAAACGCUCGAAAACCAGGAGUUACAGGAAAAGCUAGAUUUGCAACAAAGGAAGUAUCAGGAAGUCUCUCAACUUUGCCAAAGUCUCCAAGCUGCGCAGUCCUCAUGCUCUGAUCACAUAAUCAAGAUUAAGGAGUUGGAAAGGCGGCUUGUGUUCCAGGAGCAGGACUUUGCCAUUGUGAAGACUGUAAAGUCAGAGGUGGCCAGAGUUCCAGAUCUGGAAAAGGAGCUGAAGCGCCUCAGAGAUGAUAAUGCCUACCUCAGGGAGAGCAGAGAAAAUUGCAGCCUGUUGAAAGAGGAGGUGGAGGGUCUGCGGAAGAAGCUGGAGAGGAUGGAGAAAACCAAAGAAGAGCUGAUCAACAUGGAACUGGAAAAAGAGAGGCUCACAGAGAAGCUCCACGCCUGGGAGAACCUUGGGCAAUCUACUGGACUCAACAUAAGGAAACCCGAGGAUCUGUCCAGGGAGGUGAUUCAGAUCCAGCAGAGAGAAAUUGCUCUGAAAGAGCAGAACUACACACUCAACAGCCGUGUGAGGAGUGUGGAGCGUUCACAGUCUGAGCUUCGUGCAGAGCUGACCCAGCAGCACAGCAAGACUCUGGAGGAGCAAAAGAAGAGAGAGGCACAGGACGCUCUUGUCCGUCGACUGCAGAAGCGGGUGCUGCUGUUAACCAAGGAGCGGGAUGGAAUGCGUGCCAUAUUAGAGUCCUAUGACAGCGAGCUGGCGCCUACUGAGUACUCUCCUCAACUGAGCAAACGCCUCAGGGAGGCCGAGGACAUACUGCAGAAGACACAGAGCCAUAAUGCAGAGAUGGAGGCUCAGCUGACCAAAGCGCAGGAGGAGACAGGGACACUAAAACUGCAGCUACAAACAGCGGAGCUGGAGCUGGAGUCUUUAAAGAAGCAGCAGGCCUCUGCUACUGACAGCAACUCUUUACUGACCAAAGAAGAGGUCACCAUUCUCAGACAGAAAAUUGAAGAUUUAGAGAGAGAGCGGCAACGUUUGGAGGAGCAGAAUAACAUUCUGGAGAUGAGACUGGAGAGGCACAACCUACAGGGAGACUACGAUCCAGUCAAAACCCGUGUUCUCCACCUCAAAGUGAACCCCAUCGCCAUUGCCAAACAAGAGCGCCAGCAGGAAGUGGAGGCUCUCCGACAAGAAGUGACACGGCUCAGGGAUCUUGUACGCUCUUUGCAGAGUGGAGGUGCUGUGGGGCAUUCCCAGGAUGACACGCACAACCCCAGCUUCAGCCUUAGUUUGGCUCCUUCAAAGGAAGUAUUGGAUUUGCGUAAACAAAUGGAGAGUUCAGAGCUGAGGAACCAGAGACUUAAAGAGGUGUUUCAGAGAAAAAUACAGGAGUUUCGCACAGUGUGCUACGUCCUGACCGGCUACCAGAUCGAUAUAACCACUGAGAACCAAUACCGGCUCACGUCUGUCUACGCGGAGCACAUGGAUGACUCCUUGCUCUUCAAAAAGGGCUCCAACGGAAGCAUGCAGCUUAUGGAAACAGAGUUCUCCAAAACUCUGGGAGAGAUGGUGGCUCUUCAUCUGCAUCACCAGAAGAGCAUCCCAGCGUUCCUCUCCGCCGUGACCCUCGACCUCUUCAGCCGACAGACCACAGUCUGACAGAACUGCACACCAUCUCACACACUCGUGUAAAAAUUCGAGAUGAGCUUAAGUUUUAUUUUGACUCCCCCCCCCAUCGCCCUCUAUAUACUUCACUUUUCCCCUCGCCUCAUACAAUAUUCAUAAAUUGUUUUGAUUGUGCCGGUAUGUUUCAGCAGCUCUGUUGUAUGAAUAGAUCAGCGAGUGCUGUUUUUGUGGCGGAUGAGCACCUGCUUUGAUAGAAUUUCUUUCACUGAAAAGCAGCUUGGUGCGCCUAUUUGUACAAUGAAUAUUUCAUCAAUAAAGUCUCGAGGAAACCA